CCACUCUGAUGGACAUUUGUCAUUGGCAGACUUGCCUCAUAUUAUUGCUAAAGUAGGACCUGGGAUAGCCAUAGGCAACACAAAAUGGAAAGAAGGACCUCAAUUAAUGGCUUCAACACUAGGGACAGAAAUCCCUGUUAGAAUUACUCAGUCGACAACAGAGAGUAUUCAGGAAAAAGGUGAAUCAAAAACAGCCAAAACUUGCAAGUAUAAAAAGAUAGCAACCUUGAAACAUGGGAGGGCUACCAAACCAAGUAUAUCUCCCCUCACUGGCGCAGAAGUUGUUCAAAUUUUGGUUCAGAAAAGAGACCUGGGAGAAUAUGAGAUUUAUUACCUCAAAACAGUAGAUGGGGAUGCUUACAGACCCUAUGACCUGCGAGUUGUCCAUCCCAGUGAAGCUGGUCCUGAGCACUAUGUCUUCACCUCUAAAACUGUCCUGCAUGUUACCCAGACGGGUAUUGGUGGAACUGUCAGUCUGGCAGAGUGGUAUAGACAGUAUGUGCUGUGGACAGAUUUGCAGAAAAUUGCAUUUUUCAGGGACUUUAGACUGCAGAAAGCUUUUUUCUGGUGGCAUCAAAACACGCGCAAGAGAAUUUUUCAGCGCCGGAGAAAGAAUCUGGAGGACAUGCUGCUCAUAGCUGUACCUCAGUUCAGGAAUGCCCUGCAUCUAUUAAAAGGAGUAAUUGAAGAACUAAAAGAGACACACUGGAUGCCUCUGGAUGUCUGUGAAUGCCACACAUUGACGGAAUUCAAGAACAUACUGAUAAGCAAGAAUCAGGAGUGUCUGCAGAUAUUGGAGAAGUUAUCACAGUAUCACACUCUCACCCUAAAUAUGGUGAAAGAAGACAGCUAUAAGAAACACCAGGAGCUGCAGCUACACUUAAAACUUGCUAACGAUCCAAAGAGCUUCCAACAACCCAUACAUUUGCUCAUGGCUCAUCAGCGCAAGCUGAAGAAAGAGUUGGCCCAGUCUGAAAGCACCUUGAAGAAAUUGGGAAAUUUUGCAGCUCUUGUGCAUCAGAUGAUUGUGCAGAGUCUCGUGACAGUCAUACUAGAAGAUGCUAUUUCAUUUCUCGAUCUUUUAAAGAGCAAGGAACUGCCAAAGCGCUCUCUCUUCCACACCGAGCUGCGUUUCAGUGCUGAUAAUCAGCUGACAGUGGAGCCCCCAAUACAUCUGUUCAAAGAAGCAGUGAGCCAAGCACUUCUCACUGUAGGCGACUCUAUUAUUCAGAAAUGUGAUGACUGCGGGUUUUUCCUAGAGGUCAGCAAAGAUGUGCUAAUCUCUGCUCAGGAUUUAGACCAUGACUUCAGCUGUAUUAACCCUUCUGUAAAUACAGUGGACAAAAACACUGAUGGGAACACUAGUCAGAUUCUGAGAGACAUGUCAGCUUGCUGGCAGACACUGCCUAAAGUUGCUUUUCCAGUGGUGCAAGGCAACAUGGUGCAUGGCUGCUACUCUCCUCUCUCCAAAAGCCAGCUAGAGUGGCACAUCAGCAUCAAUGACAUCACAAAAGAAGUUGAGAAGGAGCAGUCUGAGAUCAUGCAGGAAGCCGAACUAGAGAUCCAACAGCUGUAUGAGAGCUACGCAUGGAUGGUACAGAUCCAUUUGUUUACUUGUCAGUGGAGUCGAGCCUCAUUGGAAUCCAUGAGGGGUCGGCCUGCGUCAGUGUACGAGGAGAACAUUAGGAAGGUGCGCAACUGGGCUGAAAGAAUCAGUGCAGCUGACUCGUCAUUUUCUUCCUCCAAUCAGCUGUUCGUCAUCCACUGCACCCACACAAAGGAAGCUCUAGGGCAACGGCUGAGGUUCAUCGAAGAGGAAGUGCAAGAGCAACUAGUUGAGCAGAUAAGGAAGGAGUCAGAGAGCCUCAUAUCAUAUUUGGAGGGAGCUACUGCUGAACUCAAGACAGCACCUCAAGACUUGCGUGACUUCUCAAAAUAUGCUCUUAGGGUGAGGGAAUUUGUGAAGGUCUUGCCUGACAAACAGAAACAUUUGGAGUACAUUCAGUCUCUUCAAAACACGAUUUGCAUGAACUAUAGGAAUAUGACAGAGGCGGAGCUGACUGUGGAAGAAAAGAUGCUGAACUUGUGGAAUUGCUUUAUUCCCCUGUUGAAGGAAGCAGACGACCUUGUUUGCCGCCAUCAUCCUUCAAUGGCUAAAGCAGUGGACAUGAUGUUCUCAUUUCUGUUCUGUGACCUUAAAAAUAUCGUCUCUGACUCUACAUCUGGACCCUUCCUUGAUCCUUGCCAAAAUGCCAAAGAGAUGAUGUCCAAACUGAACUACAUGUGCAUGCAUGUAAACACUCUCAGUGCAAAGCUGGACCUGCUUAGUAGGAGCAGUCAACAGAUGGGAGAACAUACAAUAGAUCUCACCGUAUUGACCACAGAUGUUCAGAAGGUCAUAGCCCGCAAAGACUUGUGGGAACUGAUAGCAGUCUAUACUACAUGGCUGGAAGAAUGGAAGCCAAUGGUUUUUAGUGAGGUUGUGGUCUCUGAAGCCCAGGAUAAAAUUACAGAGUGGAAGGAGCAGGCUCAAUCUUUAACAACCACCAUACCUGCCAGUGAUGCAGUGCUGCAGGAGAUUUUAGGAUCUCUGGAAAACAUAAGCCAUCAGCUUUUAGUCCUGGCCAAGCUACAGAGCCCCACACUGAAAGGAAAACACUGGAGAGCCAUUUUAGAAGACCUGGGCCUAAAAUAUAAAUCAGAGAAGAAUGUGACUGUUGCUGAUCUCAUGUCUCAACAACUUGAAAGUCAUCAGAAUCUGAUUGACAAGAUUUGCAGAUGUGCACAAAGGGAGUGUGACAUGAAGCAAACUUUCCAAAAGCUUUGUCACAGAUGGGAAGGCAAACUCUUUCAGUUGGAUGUAUUUGCUCCCCUUUGCGUGGAAACACGGUGCAAACACACUGGGAAGACCACAGAAGGCGCCCUUCUCAAUGUGCUAACUGACAGGAAACACCCCAGUGAUCCUAGAUUUACUAUAGAUCUGGGAGUACACUUUGCUGAGAUUGAGACCAGUUUGAUGAUGCUGUCCACAAUGUUAAAGUCCCCAUACAGUGUUGAGUUCAGGCUGCCGCUGGAGGACUGGAUUCAAACACUACAAGAACUUGAGAAGCUGCUUGCUUUACUUGAAAGAUAUCAGCAAAUGUGGGCCUUCUUAACCAACGUGCUUGGUGGGACAUUUUUCCGUACUCAAAGAAUGGACCUGCUGAAGCAUUUUCAACCAGUUGAUGAGACAUUCGAGGAAAUGAUGGCCUCUAUAUCAAACGAACCCCGUGUGUUGAACUUAGUUUCCACUGAAACAAAUGACAGAUUUCGUGGUGAUAGCCUUUGCCAGGUUCUUCUUAAUGGUUUGUCUGCAAUGGAAGUCAUUUCAAAACAAAUGUCAGAUCUUCUUGAUGACCUCUGUGAAGAGUGUCCCAGAUUCUGGUUUUUGAGUGAAGGGGAAGUGAUGCAGAUACUCUCUUUGGACCCAACACCUUUUGAAUUUCAACCCUUUGUUCAAAAAAGCUUUAAAGGGGUUCAUUUGCUUGAAGUUGACUGUGAAAUACAAAGAGAUGGUGAUUCUAUAUCUGAGUGCCAAAGGCAGAUGAAGGUGCUGGGUAUUUUUGGCAGCUUCCAAGAACACGUUGCCUUUCAGUCUCCUUUAGAACCAAAUGCAGACGCUUUGAAGUGGUUUUGUAACUUUGACAAAAAAUUAAAGUUGACCAUGGUACAGCUUCUGACACAGUGUGCUGUUGUGAGAAAACAGCUCGAACCAUCCAGUCAAAAUUUAGCAAGUGACACAAAUGCUAGAGACAACCAGCUCCCCAGUGCGGUAGCUGUGCUGGGCCUGCUUUCUGAAUAUCCUCUUGAGUGCCUUCUGGUGGUGGAGAAGGCAAUGUGGUGCAGUGUUGCUCUACAAGCUUUCCAAGAAUCGAGCUCAGUGAAGUUCAGCACCAUAAAGGCACAUAUCGCCGCAAAGCUGAAAGACCUUAGCCAUUAUAUAAGAGACGGAGUCACAGGAUCUAAAACUGGAACUCAAGUUUCCAAGUACACAAUGAUGUGUCUGCGAGCUUUACUGCAGCUUACAAUGAAUCAUGCAGAGCAACUACAUCGACUCAUGGAUGUUCCGUGUGCGCGGGAGUCAUCUUUUGAAUGGCUGAGUUGUAUGAAAUAUUAUAUUAACUCAGAGGAUUAUAAUGAUCCAGCAUGUUUUGUGGAUAUUUUGGGCCAUCAAGUCCAGUACAGCUUUGAAUACUCUGGCCCAGGAGAGUGGGAGAUGGUGCAUACACCUUGCACAGACCGGGCAAUACUAGGGAUUCUUAUUGCUCUGACAACCUACAGAUGUUGUUCUGUGGGUGGCCCUUCCAUGUCUGGAAAGAAAAAUACUGUGAUCCAGUUAGGAAAAGCGCUGGGGCGACAGGUUGUCCUAAAACAGUGUUAUCCAAGCAUGAUGCCUCGUGUUAUUCAGCGGAUGUUGGUUGGGGCGCUUCAGGCAGGGGCAUGGCUUGUGUUGAACUCUGUGGACUUGCUAACACACAGUGAUCUGUCGAUACUAGGACAGCAUCUAGUUGAGAUACACCAGUCCUUCAACAUGUUAAGAAGAGAUAAAAAGGAGAGGCUAAAUUGUGAGACAGAGAUGAAAAUUUCAGAUGGAGUCGCGGGAUUCACAAAUGCUGCUGAGUCAGAAUGUCACAUGACACUUGCAGGAAAACACAUUUCUGCCAGUCUCAGCUAUGGAUAUCUUUUCUCUAGCACCCUUCAUUUGCUUGGGCAAAGGAGUUUAACCUCUGCAAUCCACACUGAAAGAAAAUCUUGCAAAGCCCCCACACACGGACUGCAAGAAGUCAUGUCAUUUGUCAGGAUCCUGCAUGCCCUCCUACAACAUUUUGGAAAGGAAGUAGAAAAACCUGAGUCAGUGGCACAUAUCGACACAACAGAUAUGCCUCCAGCAGCCACAGGUGCCCAAAGUAAGCAGGAGCAGCUCAGCAGAAACAUUUUUCUCUUGGCUUAUAUCUGGGGAUUUGGUGGUCGCCUUCAUUCUCGCCACUGGCCACAGUUUGAUUUAUUAGCCCGCCAAGUGCUCCUAACUUGCAGAUACAAAAUUGUGGUCCCUGAUGAAGUCAGUGUGUAUGAACACUUCUUUAGUAUCGACACUAAGAUGUGCCCCACGAAUACGCUGUCGACAGGCUCUGUCAUUCCAAUGUACAGGAAAUACACAUAUCUCCUGAACCUCAUGUUGGAGGCAAAGCAGCCAGUUUUGGUUUCUGGAGAGCCUGGCUCUGGAAAAACCACACUGUGCCAAACUGUGCUGACUUUUGACAAGCCACACAUUAACCUACCAGCCAGUCCACUUCUGAGCUCCAGAGACUUGCACACUAUACUGAAAAGCAUCAGAUGCCAGAAGAACUGUAAAGAGACUACUGGCUUCAUGGCAAACCAGCCACGCUUGUUUUUGUUUGUUGAUGAUUUACAUGAAGCCCCCUGUGACGUCUUUGGAACGUCUGCAAUGGCUCUAGAGACACUAAGACAGAGUAUUUCAAAAGGAGAGAUUCUAACAUUUGACACCUACAGCUCCGAGUUGUUACAGUCGGGAACUAUCAGCUACCUGGCUGCAUGCUGUAUAUCCGGAUUGGAUCAUUCCCACAGCGGUGUUAUAUCCCCACGGCUCUCACGCCUGUUUUCUAUCUUUGUGCUUGAUGGCGUAUCCCCAGACAUUUUAAUGUCUAUCUAUUCUCCCUGGCUAAAAAUCUGGCUCAGUGAAAUGCCACUUAAUAGGCACAUUGGUGAGGAUAUGUCAUCUUCCAUCGUCACUGCUACUAAUGAGCUGUAUCAUGCAGUAAGUGACAGAUUUCAGCCCUCUGUGCAGAGGCCUCAUUUCAUAUUUUCCCAUCGUGAUCUUCAGAAGGUGUUUCAGGGGAUGUACCUAUGGAGGUCUGUAAUCUCAAACAAGGAGAACAAGGAGGUUUCACAACCAGGCUUUCCUCCAGCAUCGGUUCUCAACAUAGUACAGGUGUGGAUGCACGAGUGCAUGCGUACUUUCAGUGACAGGUUGUGCUCAGAGGAUGAUAGGAAAACUGUUGUGUCACUCAUAGCCAAGACAGCAGCAACACACUAUGGAAUGAAACUGGCUAAUGAAAUCGAUGGGGACAGUCAGCCAGCAGGUGAAAAUACAGACCCUGUAGAUCUGCCUAAAGAUCUAAACCAGCAAAGCCAAUUGCACAGCGCAUUAACUAAGCCUGAAAACAUCUUUCAGCAACCACAGAUUCUUCAGUAUUUGGAAGACACGAUGGCACAACUUGCAUUUGGUCCUGAUCUCUCUGAGGCCCUGAAGUCGAUAAAACAAUAUUUUAAAUUUAGCCCUUCUUAUCAGGAGCAAGACCUUGAUACGCUAGUGCAAAAGCUGUGUGUACUUACGGACGGAAAAGAAGAAGGUGAAGGACCUGACUGCAGCAUCACAACCAAAUACAUUUUACACAGACAGAGGGUGAGUCAGUUGUUACACAUUAUCAGGGCUUUGCUGCUACCUCGAGGUCAUGGAGUGCUGAUUGGCUCAGAUAGGGGCACAGGCCGCAAAACCACUGUCUGUUUAGCUGCCCACCUUACAGGCUAUGAGUUAUUGGAGAUACAUGCUGGUAAUCAAAAUAAUCUUCAUGAAAUCCUGAAAGAAGCUAGGAAUAAGACUAGGUCGGAUGGAAUCAGUGUCAUCAUACUGGUCCAUGAGGAAAUCAGCCAGUCUGUCAGAGAAGAAUUACUGGUAUUGAUGGCUCACGGUGCCUGUCCGGCACUCUUCACCGACGAAGAGCUGAGGGACCUUGUUUCCAGAAUGACUGCAGCAAAAUACUCACGAAGAUAUCUUAUGGACAACUGGAUGUUUGAGAAGCGUUUGAGUCAAGUCCACAGAAAUAUCCACAUAUUCCUGCUAAUGCCAUACAGCAUGUCAGAAAGCACUGACAUACCUUCCAAAAAUGAAGCACAAAGCUGGGUUGGACAAAUGGCCAAGGCCCUCAGGCACAGCUGUUGUGUUGAGGUGUACCAGCCGUGGUCUAACCAGUCUUUGGUGGAAGUUGCUGUUCAGUGCCUCAAAACAAGCCCUUUGGUUCGAGGAAGCUCAGAGGCCAGCCUGUCUGUGGCUAUGGCAGGGAUCCAUCGGUCUGCAUUCCAGUAUGCUUCUGUCCUUCUAAGAAAUCAGCCUUUCAGUCCUCAGACUUAUAUGGAAUUCAUUGCCCACUUUGGUUACCUCUGCAGCCUCCUGCACAAGCAGUGCCAGGACAAAGCCAACAGAAUCGCUGCUGCUGUGUCUCGUUUGGAUGCAGUGAACAACAUAUCCAUGCAGCGUAAAGAGCACUUAAUAAGUGUGCAGAAGAUGGUUUCUGAAACAGACCAGCGUGAGAAAGAGCUCCUUCAAGCAGUAGAAGAUCAUAAGAAACUGUUUGAGGAAGCCUGUGAGAAGUGCGCUGCAGAGGACCAGCAACUGUGUUACCUGGAAGAGCAGAUUAAUCAGGCUCAAAAACAGAUAAAACCUGCAUUCUUGUCAGGCCUUCAGAUUCUUAAGUGUUUGGAUCCAUCGGAUGUGGAGGAGGUGCGCCACUACAGAGACCCACCUGUGGGAGUUGUGCAAGUCAUGGAUGCUAUUUGUUUGCUGUUUAGUCAUCCACCGGGUUGGGAAAGUGCUAAACAACUUCUUUCCCAAGCAGACUUUUUCCAGGAACUGGAAUAUUUUGACCGCUACAACCUGACAAAUGAACAGCUGCAACAGCUUGGGCAGAUAGUUCACAGUCCCCAGUUUGUGCCUGAGGCUGUGCGAGAGGUCAGUAAGGCCUGCGAAUCCCUCUGUCGAUGGGUCCAGGCUGUGUAUGAGUACUGCUGUGUUCAGCAGCGAGUGCUCCUAAAGCAGCAGUUGGAGGUUCAGGCUGCAGAGACGAGAAGUCGGUUGAAUCGAGCCGAGCAGCGCAAGCAGGAGGUAUACAGCUCACUGGAGGCCACUGAGCUUCAUCUGCAGUGUGUUCAAAAUGACCUAAUGGAACAACUGAUGCUGCUACACAAAGCUGAAAGUGCAGAGCAAGAAGCUUCUGCAUGUGCUGGGCAGAGUGAGACAUAUGGCAAAGUUUGGAGGGCUGUUGCUCAGGAUACAGAGGUACGUAAUCAAAACGUGCCAGGAGACGCCCUCCUCUUGGCUGCAACCGUCUCGUAUUUAGGCCCUUUUGGACCUGAUACACGCACAGAACUGCUGCGCAAGUGGCAGACUCUGUGCCAGACAGGAAGCAUCGACAUAAACCCCAACGACCCCAGAACCUCUCUGUUUACACAGUUAGACACUGUACCUGGUUCCUUAUCUCCUGGUUUUCCCAUCCCUGUAACUGAGAGAUUGCAGUUGCCUUUGGGUCAGGCAUUAGGGAUGAAUGAGUGGCAAACUGAAGACACUCUCUCUGCCAGGCUGAUGGUUAAGCUGUUGCUGUGUGGAUACAGAAGUACCUACAUCCAGCAUUGGCCUCUACUAGUAGACAGCCAGCAACAUCUGGAGAUGAAUUUUCCAAAUAGUCUCAUCCCAGGAAAGAACACAAAACUUGAGGAAGAAAUAGAUUUUGGGAUGGUAAUUUGUGGAGAUGACGUGGAACUGGUGCACAAGCUGGACCAGGCUGCUGAGAGAGGUUUGAGAGUACUGGUUACUCAUGUGGAGCGUGCAAUCCCCAAUCUUCAGUUCCUGGCCAAGUUGUCACGUCCUGCUGGAUGUUACUUUCCAGGAUUAAAUCAACCUAUUCAGAUGGUCCAUCCUGAGUUUUGCCUCUUCCUCAGCACAUGUCUGCCGAUUAGACUACUUAACAGUGGGAUCCAUCCAUCUAUCUUGGCUCAGGUACGUGUGGUUGACCUUUCUCUGAGCUCAGAAGACAUCCCAGAGCUGAUGCUGACACAGCUGCUGCAGGCUGAGUGUAAAGAGCUGCUGAUUCAACACUUGCAAUUCCAGAAUUACAAACAGGAGCUGCGGGAGAAACUGGCCACAGAGGAGGACGCUCUAAUGGGUUACAUCCUGCAGUCUAACACUGUCCUGCUGCAAGACCCGGAUUUUCUUCCCCGUGUAAAAGUUUGUCAAGAAGUGACGAAGAAGCUGCAGGAUGAGAUGAAGCAGCUGAGGGAGCAGCUGGAGCACCAUGAGUCCCUGCUGGCAGUGCCUCGCCACUUCGUGAGGCUGGGUGCCGCUCUCUACCAGACCCUGCAGGCUGUGUCCAGUCUUUCCCCUGCCUAUUAUUUCUCCCUACAUGGCUUCAUGACUGUGAUGCAAGAAGCUUUCACUGGGGAGGACAGGAUAAUAGGGAAAGUUCCAGGGAGCAUAAUACAAGAGUUGAUAAACACGAUGGUAGUCAAAGUGCUGGUACAAUACAGGCCUUGUCUUUUCAAGACCCAUGCUGCUGUUCUGAAGCUGCUUGUGUCUUUAGCCCUGCUCCAGCACAACCAGCUGUGCUCUGAGGGUGAGAGGUUGGCCUUCCUCAUAGGCCUUGGAGACACACAGCAUCCUGGGACUGAUUCACCAUCCUCCAUCGCUGAUCUUCCCAGCUGGAUUUCCCCACUUAUCCACUCAGAGCUACUUCGCUUGGAAAAGAUUCCUUCAUUCAGAGGCCUAAUUGCCUCACUCUGUGCUUCCCCGAAGCAAUGGCAGGAGUACCUUCACUUUCCUUCCUCUACAGUGUUAGGGCCCGUUCCCUGUCGUUCUCACUGCCAUCUCUCUUUGCUGCAGCGGGCUCUCCUCUGGAAGACCAUGAUCCCCGACUGUCUGGAGGGACUAGCAGAUGCCAUAAAUGCCUGUCAACUCUGCCUGCCUCAAAAGAAAACAGAGACUGAAGCCCCUCUCGUUGGGAACCCAGAGGCAUGCUCACUAUAUUUGGUCAAACAUAAGGAGCCCAUCAUUCUUACAUUGCCCAAUCCAAAUAGAGAUAUGCAGAUAAGCAUUGAGCCUCUUUGUUUAAUAAACCAGUUGGCCAAAUGUGUACCAGGAAAAAAAGAGAUUCAGGUGAAAGUCCUUUCCUUUUGGGCUCUCUGUGACAGAAAUCUCUUCCUUUCAAUGCUGGACAAAGCUGCUAAUGACGGCCACUGGUUGGUGUUUAACAACAGUCAUCUGUUCGAACAACUGGAUGAUGACGUAGUGGCUAAACUCAGUCAUUUAAUCUCCUCAGUCAAAGAGAAGCCUUGUCUGAUUCACCCCAGCUUCCGAUUGUGGUUUAUAACUCAAGAAAACACAUCACACCUCAUACCAGCGUCAGUGCGAAUGUGUGCUCUGCAUCUGGUCUGUGACUCUUCCUGGGAUCUGAAGGAGGAGCUGAGCUGUUCUUUGCGACAGGUGGCAUCCAUCAGUCAGCCACAGUUGGGUAUCAUGGCUGACAACAAGUCACUCCUCCGCUGCGCUAUCUUUCACUCUGUCUUGGUGCAGCGACAGACCUACAAGUAUUUAGGCCAGGGAAGAAUCUAUCACUGGAGUCAGGAGGACCUUCAUGCUUUAGUGGAUGCAUAUAUUCAUGUUGCCCAUCUGUGCCAUGACAAGACUAAGGUUUUGCAAUAUUUAGCAGUCAGUCUAGUGUAUGGUGGCCAUGUGACAGACUCUGCAGAUUUGGAGGUGUUGGAGGACAUUGCCAAGACCUGCUUCACUACAGCUUCACGUCACUUGAACAGCGGACCGCACAUCCUUUCAAAACUUGUCAGAAGUUCUGGUCACUCUGAUUUGUCUGGACAGCUGCAGGUCGUGGAGCAGGGUCUUUGGGAAUCAGCAAACAUCAGCGAGCCCGUGGUGCUGGGCUUUAAUGCUGACAUAACGACUGAGAUAAUCAAGAUCACCAGCUACAACAUGACCAUGUUACUGCGGACCUCGCAAACUCCCCUUCGAUCAGUAAGGCGUUUUAGCACCAAAGAAAAGCAGCUUGCUACGCUGCCAGCGUUCAGUGAUGCCAGAGUCAGACUGGAGGGUCUGAAGCGCUACCUCACAAGCAAGAAUGAAAGUGCAGGAGCUCUUCCUCGUGGUCCUGUGCGUGACUUCCUCCAAGCUGAGUGGGAUGAUCUCAUUGACUCGGUAUCCUUGCUCCUCUCACAGCUGCAGCAGCCUGUUCAGUAUUCGCUGACCUUCGCGUCCCUCCUCAAGCUCACUGACUUGUCUGGCUUGGAGAGGAGGGCAGAGUUGCUCAGUGCAUAUCUGUGGCACCAUGAUGCUUCAGAUCCACCUGGUGCUUAUCGACUAUCUGCUUUUAAAAACGCCAGAGGCCUGCUGGUGGCAAUGAUGAGAGAGGCUGCUCAAGUAUAUCGUAAAUAUAUCACUGAUAUAAUUCUACAGUUCCAGGUUCUGUCUUACAGCACAUACCCCAUCUCACUUCCUCUGGAUUCUGUGUAUUUGUGUGGCCUGGAACUUAAAGGGGCAUCAUGGGAUACACAACUGCAAGUCCUACAGGACACUGUCUCUCCUCAGUCUUGCUCAGUACCACUUCUUUGUGUUAAAGCUCAAGUCAGGAGCACAAACAGUUCCCAUGAUACAGCCCCCUGCAAAAGUUCAUAUUUAAUGGAUAACAGGAAUGUUCACUGUGCAGCCGUCGUUUCCUUAACUACCCCUCAGGUACCAAUCUACCACUGCCCACUCUAUCUGGACGAAGGGUUGGAGAGUGGAAGCUCAGGACUGGCUGAUGUUAACAUUAUCACAAAAGUCCCCCUUCAUACCAAUCUAGAUCCUCUUCUGUGUAGUUUGAGAAGGGUGAGACUAGUGAGUAGACUCUGACUGUACUCAGCUGCCUUAUCUGCUGUGAUUGUUAAAUGAAAUGAUGCAAAGAUUGUAGUAUACAGUAUGUCAUGAGGACUGAUGCUCCUGUGAUUUUAUGUGAACCUUCAAAUAAAUUUAUA